CUCCUCUCCUGAGAAGAAGUAGAGAAGUAGAUCAAUUCUCAGCCGUAGUUAGUUAUUCUCCGAUUAGGUUUCCGAUUCCCUGUUUCUUCUAGAGUGAAUUCAAAACCCUAAUUUUGAAUUUUCACAUGGGAGAACAAUCCCCUUCUCAACCAUCGACUCAACCCCAAAGUCGACCACAAUCACCCAAACCCGAUACUCAUAACCUAAUUCCGCCGGAAUCCACCGAUGUCUGUCUCGAUUCAGCCGGAGUUUCAGGCUCAAUCGUCUCAUCGACCACAAUCGACGCUGGACGGAUCACUGAACUAGGCAAUGUAUCGUCUCCGCCGUCCAAAAUCCCUCUCCGUCCUCGGAAAAUCCGGAAACUUACACUCGAUGGAGACGUCUCCGGUGAAGAUUAUAAGGCGGAGGAUAUCUCCUCUCAAGUAACCUCACCGCUCGCGACGGCUGGAAAAUCUCCCGGUAAAGGUAAAUUAUCGCAAUCACGAGCUAUAACUGUGCCGAGAAUCCAAACUCGGCCUCUGACAUGUGAAGGUGAGCUUGAAACAGCGAUACACUAUCUCCGUAAUGCGGAUCCGUUGCUCGCCGCGUUAAUCGACGUUCAUCCGCCGCCGACGUUUGAGUCUUUCAAGACUCCGUUCUUAGCUCUGAUACGAAGCAUCCUCUACCAACAGCUUGCAACGAAAGCUGGGAAUUCAAUCUACACACGAUUCGUUGCUCUCUGUGGCGGCGAAAAUGUGGUUGUCCCUGAAACGGUCUUAGCUUUAAAUCCUCAGCAGCUUCGUCAAAUUGGUGUUUCGGGACGUAAGGCGAGUUAUCUUCAUGAUCUGGCUAGAAAGUAUCAAAACGGAAUCUUGUCGGAUUCUGCGAUUUUGAACAUGGAUGAGAAGUCUUUGUUCACUAUGUUAACAAUGGUUAAUGGAAUUGGGUCAUGGUCUGUUCAUAUGUUCAUGAUAAAUUCUCUUCAUAGACCAGAUGUUUUGCCGGUUAACGAUCUCGGUGUUAGGAAAGGAGUGCAGAUGCUGUAUGGCUUAGAUGACCUGCCUCGGCCAUCGCAGAUGGAGCAGCAUUGUGCUAAGUGGAGACCGUACAGAUCAGUGGGUUCGUGGUACAUGUGGCGGCUCAUUGAAGGUAAGGGCACACCAACGAGUGCUGUUACAGCUGGAGCUGCUAUGUCAUUGCCUCCAUUGGAAGAUAUUCAACAAGAACAUCAGCAGCAACAGCUUAUGGACCCUCUUAAUAGUGUGUUCAGUAUCGGGGCUUGGGGACAAUCGUACGGGAAAACUGUUGAAAUUGUUGAUUUUGUUCAUUCGAAUUUUUGCCUUCUCCUUGUGGUACGGGUCGAUCUGUGGACGGGAGGAAAAAGUAUCCAAGAGUUUGUACCCGCCUUCGCCGCAACUGUCGUUCCUGUCGCCGGAAGAAGUGGGGACAUAUCAAUGGAUGAAGAAGGGCCUCCAAGAAGUGGUGAAGAAGAAUGUAGUAUAUCACUGUUUGAUUAUUCUGUUGAGAAUCAUCUAAAAGCAGUAGACUCUAUCAGUGAUAUCUGUGGUGAAGCUAAUGCUGAAAUUGAUGAGAAUGAUAUCAACACAUUCUCAUCAUCAGUUACAUUCUUGAGGGAAUGGAGGCAUUAUAAUUUCGAACCAAAGAGUUUUGCAUUCUACAACGAGGCUGGGAAAAGCCGUGAACCAAAGGAUGCAAACAGUCAAACUUUGCCGCAGUUUUCUUCGGCACGAGCUCCGAAGGUUAAGAUACAUGACGAUGAAUCAUCAUCAUCAUCUGGUGAAAUCAGCAAGGAUUUUGUGAUGCAUGUUGGAGGCUCUGUUUGGGCAUUGGAGUGGUGUCCCAGAGUUCAUGGGAAUCCAGACGCUCAGGCUAAAUGUGAGUUUCUAGCUGUGGCUACUCAUCCGCCUGACUCAUACAGUCACAAGAUAGGUAUCCCUCUUACAGGUCGAGGCAUCAUUCAGAUAUGGUGCAUUAUAAAUGCCACUUGCAAGAAAGAUAGCGCCCAUUUUUCAGAGAAGAGUAAAAAAUUGACAGGAAAGUCUCGAAAAAUACCAUCUGGUGAAACUACUGAAACAACAGAACCUAAGAAGCCGAGAGGCAGGCCCAGAAAGCAUCCAAUAGAGACAAUAGAGACAACAGAGCCUAAGAAACCAAGAGGUAGACCUCGAAAGAAGAGUACUGCCGAGUUACCUGUUGAGCUUGAUGAUGGUGUUCUUUACGUUGAAGCUCUGUCUGUUCGGUAUCCGGAAAAUUCAGUUGUUCCCGCAACUCCUCUUCGGAUACUACGAGAAACUCCAGUAACAGAAACUAAGGUCAACAAUGAAGGUUCAGGACAAGUGUUGUCUUCGGAAAAUGCAAAUAUCAAGCUUCCUGUACGGAGAAAGAGACAAAAAACUAAAGGUACUGAGGAAAGUUGCAAACCCAUGCUAUUAGAAAAUAGUGAAGCUGUUGGAAAUGUACCGGGCGAACCGUCCUCAGGUAUUUCUGAAGGCAUAGCUCUUCCAAGGGUUGUCUUAUGCCUGGCCCACAAUGGAAAAGUUGCCUGGGAUAUGAAAUGGCGUCCCUUAUAUGCCAAUGAUUCUCUUAAUAAGCAUAGAAUGGGGUAUUUAGCUGUCUUGCUGGGGAAUGGAUCUCUGGAAGUGUGGGAUGUUCCAAUGCCUCAGGCAACAUCAACUCUAUAUUUAUCUUCAAAGAAAGCUGCGACUGAUCCCCGUUUUGUGAAACUGGCUCCCGUUUUUAAAUGUUCAAACUUGAAGUGUGGCGACACAAAGAGUAUUCCUUUGACAGUUGAAUGGUCGACUUCAGGGAACCCUGAUUUCUUACUGGCUGGUUGCCAUGAUGGCACGGUUGCUCUCUGGAAGUUUUCUACAACUAAAUCUUCAGAAGAUACAAGACCUUUACUUUUCUUCAGCGCAGAUACAGCUCCUAUUAGGGCAGUUGCAUGGGCUCCUGGUGAAAGUGAUCAGGAAAGUGCAAACAUAGUAGCUACUGCUGGACAUGCAGGUCUGAAGUUUUGGGACUUACGUGAUCCGUUCCGUCCUUUAUGGGAUUUGCACCCAGUACCAAGGUUUAUUUACAGCCUUGAUUGGUUACAAGAUCCAAAAUGCGUUUUAUUGUCCUUUGAUGAUGGAACAUUAAGAAUCCUAAGCUUGGUGAAGGUUGCGUAUGAUGUUCCUGCUACUGGAAGGCCUUAUCCUAACACAAAACAGCAAGGGUUAAGCGUUUAUAACUGUUCAACUUUUCCCAUCUGGAGUAUUCAAGUAUCAAGGCUAACAGGCAUAGCAGCCUAUUGCACUGCAGAUGGGUCGAUUUUCCAUUUCGAGCUUACGACCAAAGCAGUGGAAAAAGACACGAGAAAUCGGACUCCACACUUUCUCUGUGGACAAUUGACAAUGAAUGGUUCCACCUUUAUAGUGCAUAGUCCAGUUCCAGACAUCCCGAUCGUAUUGAAGAAACCGGUUGGUGAGACCGGUGAAAAACAGAGAUGCCUUCGAAGUCUUUUGAAUGAAUCUCCUAACCGAUACACAUCUAAUGUUUCAGAUGUUCAGCCUCUAGCUUUUGGACAAGAAGAGGAUCCAGGUUUAGAGUCUGAAUUCGAAGGAACAAACAACAAAGCACCAAAGUCAAAGUCUAAAAAAGGAAGGAAGAACAUUGGAGAAGAGGACGAGAACAGCAGAGCAUUGGUCUGUGUUAAAGAAGAUGGCCGAGAAGAAGAAGGAAGAAGAAAAGAAGCUAGCAACAAUAGCAAUGGAAUGAAAGCAGAAGGGUUCCCACCUAAAAUGGUGGCGAUGCAUCGCGUGCGGUGGAACAUGAAUAAAGGAAGUGAGAGAUGGUUAUGUUAUGGUGGAGCCGCCGGGAUUGUUCGGUGUCAAGAGAUUGCUCCAACCUCAAAUUGGAAACCUCAGAGAUGACACUAAAGUCCCUUGUAACAAUACACUAUAUAACAUCUU